AUUUACUGUCGCUAGUCACUGCCCAACAGGAGCGCUCAUACCGGCACGCGCGUUAAAAAUAUACAUCAUUUGUCUCUGCGGGUACCCGACGACUUUUUGAGAAAGUACAAUGGCUAGGCUAAUCGAUGCAGGUACAGCCAAACAAAGACGGUUCGAGUCGCACACACGAGUUGGUGAGACGACGAUGUCUGCGCGGACACGAGUGCUUUCUUGUGGCGGUCAGAGCGAUCAACAUACCGUUGCUCCUGAUUCACCAUUGUUGCGGUGCAAGUCGGUCCGACAGGCCUUGAUCGUCACCUCUGUUGACUACCUUGGACUAGCACGUCUCAGGGCAUGUAUAUAUGGUCGCCUCCUAGCUAGCAAGCAACUCAGCGCAAUUUCCAUCGACUAUACAGCAGCUACGUCUGCCGCAACAACCAUUAGGGUUCGAUCAAGCACAGCAUUAUUUCUCGCACGCUCCUGUCUCCUCGAUACCACGAGUUGCAGCAUCACUUCGAAUCUUUAGCAUUGACCGCACUGAUGCAAGGUGGAGAUACUACCAUCACUUCGGCUGCUCUCGCGUGUUAGUCAGGUGUGAAGUUACAGGUCGUAAAGCUAGAGACUACUUAUGACGGCAGGGACUAGGACAAAGCGGCUCUUCACUUGGAACGGUGUCACACUCAUCAUAUCCAACGAAUUGCGGAAAAGUCAAUUACACACUUCCUGGCGGCUGUUUUCGGAAUCUAAUAGUGUAACAGCCAAAAAGG